ACACGGCCGGAGCCGCACUCAGUGCCGCAAAGCCGCCCCGCGGGGCAUCUGCCGGGCUGGGCUGUUCUCCACAAGAACACACGGGUGUCUGCAAGACCCGUCUGUGAGAGCUGUGCUGAAGUGUAGUAGCCCAGGAGUGCCGCUCCUGCUGCAUGGUCCCCGGAGACGACAAUGUCCUCCCCGCAGCUCGGGGAGAUGUAUGUAAUGAUCUGGUGCUUGGGAGGCCCGAGCUAACGGGCUGGGCUGGAAAGUUUUGGAAGGGACACGGGAGCGCGGCAGCCUGCCCAAAACCUCGAUCAGAGACGGCCGCGCACCCUCCCCUGCGCCGCCGGCUCCCUCGCCCGGCCCCGGGGCGCUCCGGGGUGGGAUUCUCCCCCCGAAAGGCUCCCGGACCGCCGAGCGCCGCUCCCUCCCCGGCCGGGAGAGGCGGCGGCCCGGAGCGCUGCCCGCCGGGUCCGGCCAUGGGCAGCGGCAGCAGCCGGCGGCGGGGGCCCGCGGGCAGAGCGGGGCAGAGCCGGGACCUGCCGGGGACCGCGCCGGCCGACGGCGAGGGGGCGGCGGCACCGCCCGGCCCCGGCCGCCGAGCCCCGGCCGCCGGCGGCAGCGCCGAGCCCCGGCCCGGCGGGAGCAGCGCGGAGGCGGCGGGAGGCGGCGGCGGGGCCCCGCUCCAGCAGGCGGCUGUGUCAACCAGAAGCCCACCAGGCUCAGAGAACAACAACCUUGACCAGCAGGACCCAGAAAGCAGCAAGAAGCCAUUGGGGCAGUCCACAAUAUUGUAUGAUUACUCGGAGGAGGAGCUGAUGGCCAGCAUCGAGCGGGAGUACUGCCGCUGAGCCCACCACGGGAACGUCAGCUCCAUCCCGGCAGCCCAGCCGAGCAGAGCUGCUGCUGACACCACAACUGCACGGGAGAGGUGGCUGCUGGAGGGGACUGGAGCAUGAGUGGCUGCUUGGAAAGCACAGAGGAGAAAGUUCACCUGAUCAGCUCCCAGUGAGAGCAGGAAGAUCCUCACCGGCUGCUGAUUUCUGAUUGGUGCCACUGGAAGAGGGACCAAUUCAUCUUAAGAAUCAAUAUUUAGAAGCUCAUUUCUAAAUGCUAUUUUUAAAUGAACAUGUACUAGAAUUAAUGUCAUACUAGAGGGGUUGAAAUGUGGUGCUUUGAAGGAAGAUCUUGUUUUGAUCCUAGUAAUUGCAGCAAUAUCAUCUGAUCCAGAACUUAAGGGGACGUUGAAUGAAAUUCAUGUUUCUGCCACUUAAAAUGUGCCAAAUUGCGCUUGUGCAAGCCCCAGAUCCAGGUCUGAGUUUGGUACUGUCUCUUUCAAUCUGGUCCCCAGUAUGGGAGAUAAGAGGAAAAGGGCAUUGAGCCCACCAUCUAGUGCCUAGGCAGUGUAAUCCCAGAGUUCAAAUCCCACCACAUUGGCAAAUUAGGCUCCUGGGAGCCAUCAGGGACCACAGGAUUUGUAUGAUCCCUUUCGGGCAGUGUCCCAGCAUAGGUGUCCUACCUGGGUGUGGAUCCAUCCCAGUGAUGGGAGUGAAAGCAGGAGGCACAUCCCCAUUUCAGUCAUCCUCCUCAAGAGGUACUUGCAUGCUCUUGUGGAGCAGCUGUUUGGGAUCAGUUUUCAGAAUUGCUACUCCUGGCCCUUCCCUAAUAUUUCUUGUUCUACAAGAAAAAUCACUGCAUUUUAUCAUUAGCUGACUGCAAAGUAAACCACAAAGUUCUCUCUCCUAAGGAAAUAGUAUUUUCAGUGCUCCCAGACAGGGAAGCCUGGUAUUUUGGGUUUCUGCUUUUAUUAUAUCUGCAUGUUAACAUAUUAUGAGUAUCUGCUUAUUAUCAGAGGUAGAAAAAUACUUUAUUUCUAUCUUCUGCUGAAGCAUAAAAGGCAUCAGAUGGAAUUUUCACUACGUGUAAAUGCAAGGAAAAACUGCUGGACACCUCUUAAGAUGCUGUAUUUUAAGUACUUUAUGAUUCCUGGGACCUGUGAAACACAAAUAAAUGCAUCUAUACUCUGAA